GAAUAAAAUCAUGUAUCACAGUAUGUAAUGUUUUGUUGUAAUAUUGUAUUGCUGGAAAUUCAAUUGAGAAACAGUUAACAGAUAAAAUACUCAGAUGGGAAUGACGUUUCUGGCUAAUCCUUUGAAUUAAAUACCUGGAAAAAUCAAGGUACUUCAUCGCAUCAUUGCAAAAAUACUGUAAAUCAAAUACUGACAUAAAUAAAUCCUACUCAUGGAUUUACAACAUUGCUCACAAUGACCUAAUACGACCAUCUUUAAUCAAAAUCUGAGACAAUUGACACAUUUCUAUCAUCUCACAGUAUAUAUUGUCACAUUGCUCCACCCUAUUCUCUCUUUCUGUUAAAAAUAACCACUUUACAUCCUUCCGAUCUAUUUUACAAACACAGAUUUUUUUUGCUUGUCAUUAUAGAAACCCUUUUCCCAUUAAGGUGUACUGGGAUAAUCAGAGUUCCAGCAGCACUCAAUUAUUCAGUAAUCAAAACACAGGUGGUGAGUCCAAACAGCAAAAGCACACACCAGUCAUACACACUGGAUUAUUGGUCAGUGUUGAGCUGAGUCUGGUCUGUGUGUGUGUGUGUGUGUGUGUGUGUGUGUGUGUUCCUUAAACCCUUUAGCCAAGUUCUAAAGUAGCUUAGCAGGUUGCGCUCCUUGGUCCAGCCUACAGUGGAGCAGUUGUUGCCGUGUUGUUGACAUGAGCGAUGGGUCGCUGCACUCACAACCACCUUCGGGACUUUUGGAUGUUUUCUCAUGCACUGAAGACAGGAUUUAAGGGUGGAUUAUUGGCUGUAUAGCAGCAAACGAGAGACGUGUGGUUACCUCUGUUGUUCUGAGCUCAAAUCUCAGUGCUCCGUCCCGCCGUGAUCCUGCCUACAUGACUAGCCGUGGUCUUACCAGCUGACUGCUGAAGGAUGCAACCUUUCCUGGUACCCUGAGGGCAGCAGGACGGCCGGGCGUCGGCUGGCAGGGAGGGGGCUGAGGGCUGCCCUCACCGGGCGCCCAAGAACCCCUCCGAUCAAGAAGGGGAGCUCGCUCUCAGACGACGAUGAGCGGAUGUCAGUGGGAAGCCGGGGCAGUGUCAGGUCGGAUCUUGAUGCAGUUGGGACGUAUGGUGGAGGGGACUCCUCAUCACACUCACAAAAGAAGUCAAAGAAAAAGAAGAAACAUAAGCACAAAGACAGAGAUAGGAACGGCUAUGAUGAUGAUUACAGUGUAAUAUCCAGCAGGAGCUCAAGACUCAGUGAUGAAAGCAGAGUGUCUCGCUCCUCCAGACUAAACCUAACGAGCUCCAGACUAAGUGAUGACAACCGGGUGUCUCGUGCCUCCAGAUUAGAAUUGCAGCCGGCCUCUUAUGCUUCCUCUGACUUGUACAGCUUCAAUGGUCUGUCCUCUUCGAGAAACCCAGGUUCAACUUUCAAUGGUUACCAGUUCUACAGGUCACUCAGUCAGAUCACCCAGCAGCUCUAUCGUAGGAGUUCCUUAUAUGAAGACGGUCUCUGCAGUGGGUCCCGGCGAGUCGCUGGCUCCAGCUCUCAUCCUUUAGAGUACACUAGUUAUCGCAGCUCCAGCUCCAGAGCAUCCUCCAGGGCCGGUUCGGCCCGCGCCAGCCCAGUGGACAACUGCAGCUCUGUUGCCAGUUUUUUGAGGAGUGCGGCCAGUAGCAGUGGCCUCCCCCGGGACCUGGACGAUGUUACUAUUCCUGACUUUCCUGAUGUGAGUCGCUUUGCACCCGCAGGAGGCCGAGCCUGUGAUGUGGAGGACAGAGAUUAUCUUGAGAAGGGAUCUCGAGCAGCUUCUGCCAUAACAGCAGCAACCCUCACCUCCUUAGGCGGGACUUCCUCACGGAGAGGAAGUGGCGAGACGGCUAUAACUGUAGAUGCAGAGACCUCUCUACGAGAAAUCAAGGAGAUUCACGAACUGAAGGAUCAGAUUCAAGAUGUGGAAACCAAGUACACGCAGAACCUAAAAGAAGUCAAGGAUGUAUUAGCAGAAGUGGAGGAGAAGUAUCGUAAGGCCAUGGUGUCCAACGCCCAGCUGGAUAAUGAGAAAAACAACCUGAUGUACCAGGUGGACACACUCAAGGACUCGCUCAUGGAGCUGGAGGAACUGCUGUCUGAGUCACGCCGGGAAUAUGAGGAGAAAGUCAAGGAAUACGAGCGAGAGAAAUAUGCCCACAGUGUGCUUCAGUUCCAGUUCAAUGAAAUGAAGGAGACGCUAAAACAAAGUGAAGAGCUGUUAAAUGAGAUUCGUCAGCUGCGUAUGAAACAGGAGGGUUUUGUUAGUGAAAUAUCUGACCUGCAGGAGACGGUGGAGUGGAAGGAUAAAAAAAUUGGGGCUUUAGAGCGACAGAAAGAAUACACAGAUGCAAUCCGAAUUGAGCGAGAUGAGCUCAGAGAAGAGGUGGUGAAUCUGAAAGACAUUCUGAAGAAACAUGGAAUAGUACUGGGACCUGAUCUAAACAUCAAUGGAGACAGUGGUGAGGCAGAAGUUGACGGGUCCCCCAGUGCAGACCCUGCUUCCCAACCGGCUCAGGGUUCACAGACCUCCCCAACGGAGGGGAACAGCAUGCUCGGCAACACAGAGGAGACUCAGUUGAGAAGUAGCGGAGAGGAAGAGGUGGAUCCGGAGCAGCAUCAAGAAAUGUUUGAGGAAGCCAAAGAGAAUCAUUUGAGCUCUGAUACACUCUGUAAUGUUGCUGGUGUGUCCACACUAGAAACAUCUAGCGAAGAACAGCCAACAGAAGAACAAAAGACAUGCUUAGCUACAGAAGAAGACGAUGUUGAAGAAACUGGCCUCGGUAACGACUUAAAUGUUGGCACUGAUGACCAUUCGAUCACAGAAGCCAAAGACAUAAUAGUUUGCAGCCCCGAGCUUCAAGGGAUUGUAACAAGUUCUGACAAAAAUGUUACAGAAACGCCUGAGGGGGGAGAUUUAGGGGAGACAGAAACCACAAGCAGUAGUGUUGACACACACAGUGAUGACAUUAGAGAGUCAUGUAACAACCUUUUUGAAGAGCAACAAAACAAAGAGGAAGCUGUUGAGGAAAGCAAUUUGAGAAAUACAGAAUCAUGUCCUCAGCAAAAAGUUGCACAAGAUGUUAUGAAAGAAAGUUUACCUGAUGAGUCCGUCCCACCUGUAUCAAACACCAAACCUCAACAAGAGCCUGAGAAUGCUCAAGACGCAGAGAAUGACGAGGCAGGGGAAAUAUCAAGUAAAUCUCAGCCUCAGGGUGCUACUGCUUCAGGGAAAAAGAAGAAAAAGAAGAGGAGAGGCAAAAAGAAAGGAGGAACUGAGGAUAAGAACCAACAAAAAGAUGGAAUAGAUAAAGAAAAGGGCAAAACAGAAAAAGACAUUGAAUCGGCUGCACAAGAUAAUCAGCCAACGACAGAACCUGACAUUGACGGUUCUGUCACUGAAACCCUCAAGGAAUCGAGUGUGGAUGAAGUUAAAAAUGAGCAAGAAACUGAGGAGGUAGAUGGAGUAGAAGCAGUGAAACCCACUGAAAACGUUUCUUACAAUGAAACUCACAAAGAAUCAAGAAUGGAUCAUACAGAUGAGCAUGACAAGGAACAAACGGAGAACAUAGAAGAAGUAGAAGCUGUAGCAACUACUGAAACCUUUUCUCACAUUGAAACUUUCAAGGAAAUACAAGUGGAUCAUGUUACGGAUUACAAGGAACAAAGUUUGGAAACUGAAACAUUAGAGGCAGUGUCACCCACUGAAUUCUUUUCUCAUGUUGAAACUCUCAAGGAAUCCAGCACAGAUCCCAAAAAGGAUGAGCAAGACCAGGAACAAACUUUGGAAACUGAGAAAGUAGAAGAAGUGGGAUCUCUAACAAGUUCUGUUCCAGAGACCAACCUCAGUACUUAUGAUCUUAUUGACAACUCCAAAGGUGCAGAGAGCACUGAUGGUCUUGAUAAAGUGUGUACUUCCAGUGUAGAUAACGCUAAAAGUGGAACAGACAUCUCAACUAAGGGUAAUAUCAUCCAUACUGAGUCAGAAAUUGUUGAUAGUGCUGAGGGUGAGGUUGGGUCUAUUGAUGAGAGGAAAUCCGAAUGCACAACUAGAAACCCCGAAAACACCUUUGAAACAAACGGUAAGGAAGCUGAAUCACAUGUUCCAAGCCAUGGUGACAUUGCUGCUGAUGAAUCUGAAUCCACAAACAAUUCUGAGACCAAGGAUACCACACUGUCCCUGCGUUCUACUGAUGGCUUCAUUGACGGUCUUAAGAGCUUGUCUGGCUCAGAGCCGCCUUCGGAGCUGUUUGCAGCCGUGAACUCGGGCAGUGAUGACACUCCCAUCAAGGUUUCCGAUAGAGGUCCCGAGGAGGCAGCUGAGACAGUCAAAGAUGAUGAGGAGCCAGGAGCAGAGACUGAACAAGAAUCCUUUGCUGCCAUUGUCAUUUCUUCUAGUCAUGACGGGGAUAAUUCAGACCUAAAACCAGACAGAAAAGAAAAAGAGGAGCUGAAUGGAGACUUAAGGGACCCUGAAGGUUUUGUUGAGCCAGACAGCCCCUCACAUGAUGAAAAAAGUGACAGUUGUGACAGUACAUCUUUAACGAAAAACACAGCAUUUGACACUGAAAAGAGUCUGCUGGAGACUGUAGCGCAGGCCGAACAAUUGGACGAUGUAGAAAGCCAGACAUUACAGUGUGAGGAUCAGAUGGAUGAAUCAAAUGCUGAAGUGUCCUCUGAAACAGAAGCGAUUGAUAACAUGUUAAAUACACCAGACUCUCCAAAAGAAGCUACUGAAAUUGGGUCUAUUGAGCAGGACCACAGUACUGAAGAAUCAGCCGUAGCAGAAGAUCCAGAACAUAAAAACAGUCAAAAUGAUCAGCAAAGUGAGACACAUCUUUGUCCUUUGGCAGAGCAACUGCAUGAACCCAGCAAAGACAAGUCUGAGGAUAAUGAUUCAUCUCAACCCACCCUGCAGGGCAGUGAUGAAGUGGGCGGUGAAGAUGAGGAAGGGCAGUCUUUUGAUUUUGAUGACAUGGAUAUGGAGGCGGCUAUAGUGACAAAUCUCCCUAAAAAUCCAAAACAGGAAGAAGUUGAGGAGGGAGUUGAAGUCAUGGCAGAUGAAAGCAACAAUGGUAGUUUAGGGCUGUGCCAAAGUAAUACUGAGUCAAAUGAAAAUACACAGGGCGAGCCAGUUGAAAGCAAUGAUGAGAAGUGUACGGUCGAUGGGGGUAACCAGAUAGAUACACUAGAUAAAGACAACCAAAAGUCUUUGGCUCAUGAAGAAGCCAUGUCUGAAAAUGUGGAAAAUGUGUGUGAAAAGCAGAAAAACAUGCCUGAGAAAGAAGUAGGUGUAGCAGAUGAGCCCAGGCACAUCAUAGAGGAAGGAAGUGUUUUGAAUGUUGGAGAGUUGGGUGGUGUUGCAGAGAACAUUAACCAGGCAACGUCUUUACCCGUAGAGGAAGGAUUAGAUGCCAUUAAGCAUGAGAUACAGGGUGAAGAUUUGGUUUUACCAGAGAGUGCAGACCAAGUGGCCAGCAAUAAAGAGCCACCGCAGACAGGGAAAGAUGUGAAGAAGAACGGCAAGAAAGGCAAAGGCAAGGCCAAAGAGGACUGUAAGAUGUCUUAGUUUAUAGAUGGUAUAUAGCAUAGAUAUCUAUUAUACUAGUCUUUGCUUAGCUGUUUAAAGUAGUAAAUAUAUGCAGAACCUCACAGCACUUGAUUGUUUCCCAAAUGAAUAAUGGUGCAAGUAUGUAUAUUCUUUUAAUUAAAUCCAUAUAAACAGUCCAAUAUCCAAACAUCAGUUUUCAUUGAGGUCAUAUGUGCAAAAAAUAAUUGAUUUGUGGUGAUGAGAAUGUAAACUGCUUGGUAACAGUAGAUUUUACUAUUGGACAAUACUGCACUUGCUAUGUCAGUUCACAUAAUUUUGUAAUUGAUGCACAUUUAUCAUGCAGCUUGUAAUGUGUCAUGGAUAAUAUUACUAUUACUACUACUAAUUAUUUUCUCAUGCUACAAUCUUAGUCAUGUAUUCAUAUCGUAGGUGUACAAUAAAAAACGCACGUUAAAGCUAGCAUAGGUAAUGUAUUUCUGAAGCAUUUUUUGUUAUUUGUUGAAAUUCUCUUCACAUCUCGACAGCAAUCAAUAAAUCGCUCUGGGUGAAAAAAAGAUUGUGCUUGAAAAUGUGUUUUGGGGGAGUGGCUUUGGAGGGAGGCCUGACAGGAGGGGGUGGGAUUUUUUCAGUUGGAUACUUUCUAAAUCUAGUUGUCUCUAGCUUUAAUUGGUCAUUCUCAUUAAGACUCUUGCGAACUAGCUUUUACAUGUCCUAGCUGUAAUGUUGAUGGUUAAAAUGAAAAAUGCUUGGACCCUGUUCUGUUCUCAGAGAUUAAUAAGACUAUUGUUUGACUUCAUUUGACUUCAAAUCCAUGUCCAUCUACAAGGACUCUGAAUUCUAAAGUACAGAAAAUGUAUGAUGCAUGCAUGUUUGCGUUUUGGUUCACUGAAUGGAAAAGAUGAAUGUGGUGCAUCCACGCUGAAAUGCCAAUAAAAACCCUGCUGUUACCAAUUUGAAA